GAGAAGAAAAUCACAAAUCCAAACUUCUUCCUUUUUUUAUAUAUUUUUGUUUAUGGGAAAAUCAAUUCCCAUCAAAACAGGGCUAAGAGGGGUAGCCGCUACAGCAGCUGGAUUCAUCAAAUCCUCAAAACCGAUCCGACCCAUCACCUCCAUGGACAGUCCCGUCAAAGAUUCCUCACCCGCCACCACCAGCGAUAGUAGCCGCCGCUUCGUUCCGCUGUCCACGGUGGUCUCUGAUUGUGCGAAGCGGUGGUUCAAAGACACACUUGAGGAGGCUAAAGCUGGGAACAUCACCAUGCAGGUUUUACUGGGUCAGAUGUAUAACUCUGGCUAUGGCAUCCCUAAGGAUGCUAAAAAGGGGAAACUUUGGAUUACAAAAGCAUCAAGAGUUCGUUCUUCUGUGUGGAAAGUGAAAGAUAAACGACCAGGUUACAACGCAAGUGAUUCAGAUUCAGAGUCUGAUUAGCAUACCCUGAUGGAAAGAGCUUGUUUUUGUUCAGUUUUGUCUCAAGCUUGGAUGUUCCAAGUUCCAGCAAUGCACUAUAUAUCUUGUAUCAGCGCUAAGUCUUUUGAUGCUUGCUAAUCAUUUUGUAGCUCUAUUACUCAGAUUUUCGGUUUUCUUUUUGUAUCUUGGUGAAAACCUUUGCUGAUAUUGUAUGAUUCUAGCAAUGAAAAGGGGGUUUAAGGUA